AUGAACGACUCAUUGGCACAUCUGAACAUCCCACCCGAUCUUUUGCUCUUUUUAUUUUCGGAAUGGCUUAUUGUUGCCUCUAAUAGAGGACGGAACAGGACAACAUAUGAUCCUACCAUCGAGGACUCAUACAGAAAGCAGGUGGUCAUUGACGACCAAACAUGUGUCUUGGAGGUUCUCGAUACUGCUGGCCAGGAGGAGUACACAGCCCUGAGAGAUCAGUGGAUUCGGGAUGGAGAGGGAUUCCUGUUGGUCUACUCAAUUGCUGCCCGGUCAACCUUUGAGAGGAUAAAGCGAUUCCGCGACCAAAUCGUACGAGUCAAGGAUUCUGAGAAUGUACCUCUGAUGUUGGUCGGCAACAAGUGCGACCGCUUGACUGACCGUGAGGUCUCACGCGACGAGGGAUUCCAGAUGUCGAAGAUGUUGAGAUGCGACUUUACCGAGACGUCAGCCAAGACUUGUGUCAACGUUGAACGUUCGUUCUACAACGUCGUUCGUAUGAUUCGCCAGGCACGUGAUGGUGGUGCACCCCGACCCAAGCCGGCCAAGAAGAAGAACAAGUGCACCAUUCUGUAA